CUCCCUUUUACUCUCACUUUGGAAGAAAGGGACCAUACGUACACAUACAACCAUGUCGCUGGACGCAUUCAUUAGCCAGAUCGAGAAGAACAAGGCGGCGCUCGUCGCGCGGCUCGCCGAGGCCGUGGCGAUCCCGUCGGUGUCGGGCGAUGCAAAGUACCGCAAGCACGUCUUUGAGAUGGCCGACUGGAUGAAGGCCCAGCUCGAGAAGCUCGGCGCCACGGCCUCGUUCCAGCCGCUCGGCAAGCAGAUGCUCAACGGCGAGGAAAUCGACCUGCCGCCCGUCAUCUUUGCCGACCUGCGUGCCAAGACGGACGCGGACAAGAAGAAGACGAUUCUCGUCUACGGCCACUUCGACGUCCAGCCCGCGCUCAAGUCCGACGGCUGGGACACCGAGCCCUUUGAGCUUGUCCACGAUGAGAAGACGGGCCGGCUCUACGGCCGCGGGAGCACCGACGACAAGGGCCCCAUCCUCGGCUGGCUCAACGUCAUUGAGGCGCACCAGCAGAUCGGCCUCGACCUGCCUGUCAACCUCAAGUUCUGCUUCGAGGGCAUGGAGGAGUCCGGCAGCGUGGGUCUCGACGAGUGCAUCUACAAGAAUAAGGACGGCUUCUUCCAGGGCGUUGACGCGUGCUGCAUCAGCGACAACUACUGGCUCGGCACAAAGAAGCCCUGCAUCACCCACGGCCUCCGCGGCGUCACCUACUUCAAGCUGCACAUCUCGGGCCCCGGCGCAGACCUGCACUCGGGCCUGUUUGGCGGUGUCGUCCACGAGCCAAUGACGGACCUAUUCCAGAUCAUGAGCCGGCUCGUGACGCCCCAGGGCGAGAUUCUUGUCCCGGGCAUCAAGGAGCUCGUCGCGCCACUGACGGACGAGGAGAGGAAGCGGUACGAGGUCAUGGAGUUCACCAUCAAGGACAUGGACGACGCCACGGGCAGCUCCACGACAAUCAGCGACGAGAAGGAGAGCGUCCUCAUGGCCCGCAUGCGCUACCCCUCGCUCUCCCUCCACGGCAUCGAGGGCGCCUUUUCGGCCCCCGGCACAAAGACGGUCAUCCCCGCCAAGGUCGUAGGCAAGUUCUCGAUCCGCCUCGUGCCCAACAUGACGCCCAAGGCCGUCAGCGACCUCGUUGUCGACUACGUCAACAAGGAGUGGGCCAAGAUCGGCAGCAAGAACAAGAUGGUCAUCGAGGGUGACCCAGACGGAGGCAAGCCGUGGUACGCGGACCCCAACCACUGGAACUACGCGGCGGCAACCAAGGCGACGGAGAAGAUCUACGGCGUGAAGCCCGACCUGACGCGCGAGGGCGGGUCCAUCCCCGUCGCGCUGACCUUCUCCGAGGUCACGGGCAAGAACCUGCUCCUGCUCCCCCUGGGCCGUGCCGAUGACGGCGCCCACUCCGCCCCAGAGAAGCUUGACCUGGACAACUACCUGCGUGGCACUCAAUUGCUGGGCGUCUAUCUUCACGAGGUGGCCGCCUCCAAGGCUUAG